AUGACAGAAAAGGAUCUUGGUCAGCCCCCUCCGUAUACGGAAACUGCACCGCCUUAUCCUAUGCCUCCUGGCCAUCUUCCUCCCCCAGGAUAUGGACCUGCUCCUGGAUACCCACCACCAGCUCCUGGUUACCCACCACCUGGUCCUGGAUAUCCACCACCGGGUCCGGGAUACCCUCAUGGUCCUUCAGCGCCUCAACCAGUUUGUGUUGAAGUUAUUCGUUUGUAUUACAUGAAUGGUAUCUAUCCCGAGUCUUAG